CGAGAAUCGACAAUAACAAUUCUAGAAUAGCAUGAUUUUACCGUUUAUAAAUAAUGUUCGAAUAUUUCAUUAAUUCAGUUUAAUGCCCCUUUUUAAUCUACAUAGCAACUUUAUAACAAAUCAAUCAGAAACUUAAGCUUAAUAUAUCUUUAUUCAUCAUACUCGAGAUAACAAAACUGUAAAUGAUUUCAUUUCUCUUCAAGUUUAAUAUUAUGUAAAGUUUAUGAUAUCUUCCUGUGUGUAAAUAUACAUUCAGGUUUGACAUAAUUUACAGCAUACAUCCGUAAUAUAUUUGUUGACUCAAGUUUAUUCAUUACACCGAAAUGGAUUGUUCGGAAACGUCAGCGAAUGUGAAGGCAUGUGAGCCAUGUAAAGAAGAAAAGGUGUCGAAAACAGCUGACGGGAUGUGUAAACAAUGUGACGAAUAUAUGUGUUGUAUUUGCUUCAAAAAUCAUCUUACGGCGCGUUUGUGUAGAAAGCAUGAAUUUAUGGAUAGCCAGGGGAUACAAAUCGAUCUUCGUAAGGCUGCCGAGUCUGUUAAUUGGGACGAGUGUGGAAAACAUGAAAAUGAGAUAAUUAAGUAUUACUGUCAGAACCACGACGAUGUCGCCUGCGGAGAAUGCAUGUUGAUCGGGGAACACAAAGGUUGCUCCCCUAUACUGAUUAAGUGUUUGGUCGAUAAUGUACAAAACAGUGAAGAUUUCAAAGCUUUAUCUGAUAGACUUGAUAACAUCGAAAUAAAGACAAGUUCUACUACUGAUUUGAUUCUACUCGAAACAGAGAAUAACUCAAAAAUGAAAGAAGAUACGAAUGCUGACGUAAAACGGUUUAUUAAUGACAUAAGAGACAUAAUUGAUUCAAAAGAGACAAGUUUACUUUCCCAAGUAGACGAACUUUAUCAACAAAACCAAGAAACUCUGAACAACAUGACUGAGAUCAUUAAAUCUACAGAAACAAAAAUAGUAAAUAUAAAACGGGAAAUAAACCAACUUAGAUGCUCAGAAAAUGAACUGUUUAUAAAAAGUGUAAAAUGUAGACGGUUACUAGCUGAUAUUGAAAACAAUUUUGCUGAGAGUUUCAAAGAUACCAACAUUAGAAAAUUUGAAUUUCGAAAAAGUGACAUACUAUUUAAUCAACUUGUUUCUACAUAUACCUUUGGGACAAUUACUCAUAUCGCUAAAAGGAUUGGUGUAUAUCAAGAUUAUGGAUCAAAUGAAGUGGUAACCGAAGAAAUGUUGUAUACACUACUUGAAAAAGAAAGAGUAUCAGCUAUUGAAUGCACAAACACGAAAUCAAAUGGCGUGGACACAGUUAUUUGUUUGGACACUUCUUUUAGUAUGGCUGGACAACCACUUACAACAGCAAUUGAAUGUAUUGAGAAAAUACUAGAUGGGUUUGAAACAAAUGCAGUUUACAAUGAUUUAGAAGAAAAUGUCGCUCUGGUAACGUUUGGAAAUGAAAAUAAAAUACGUCAUCAUUUAACAAAUAAUUAUGAUUUAAUUAGACAGGGGCUAGGAGAUAUAAAUGCAGGAGGACCUUCACCUCUCUGGUUAGGACUUUCACUUUCACUGGCAGAAAUAAAAGAAAAUGGUUGCGCAUGUGUAAUGGAACCAAUGUCGGUGCUGCCAAGAAUUAUUCUAAUAACAGAUGGAUAUGCCUCACGAAAAAAUAUUUUAAAUGGUGACGAUAAUGGAUUUGUAGAUGAUCAGGUUGUAAAUGAAAUACAAUCCUUGAUGGAUACAUGUCGGUCGUGUACGAGCUACUUGGAAUGCAUUAAACCCGGCGAAUGUCACGAAGAAAUUCUGGAGAUGACUACUAAUGGAAGAAUGUACAUGGCUAAUAACAUAGAUUCAAUAACAGAGUUUUUCCAAAAAUGCGAGAAUGCCAAUACACUUAUUAAACAAGUAAAGAGUGAUGCGAUUGACAAUGCUGAAAUUGACGAGGCUGUAGAACACAGCAAGUUGAGUAGUAUCGGAAAGGAGGACCUUAGGCGAAUGGUAUUAGAAUAUCUAACAUCUAGUGAUCACGGGCGUGCAAAAGAAGAACUAAAUGAAAGUGCAAACGAUGAUUCUACUUCACAUAAGAAAACGUAAUAAAAAAACAGCUUCUAGAAGACUUACGAAAUGAGUGAAUUCUUCUGUACACAAAUCUGAACGUAUAAAGUUGUUCCAAAGUAGAA